AUGUCCAGUGACUCGCAGCUCUCCCGUUCCCAUUUUCUCGCUCCCCCAACAGUGAUCCCCGCGCCCUCGUAUAUCGCCUCAUCUGCGGCCGCUCAAAUCAUUACUGCCGACCAAGAGUUCAACGCCGCCGACUUUGUAGCCGACGAUGAAGGCCAUGACUCCAGUGCGAGUGCGCUUGUCACCCCUGAAGCUCUUUCUUCUCUCAAUGCAUUCCUCGACAACAUUCUCUUCAACAUCCUGGCUGCCGCCAAGUCCACCCAAUUGGUCAAGAUUCGUCCCGCCGUCGCCGAAGUGUUAAAGCCUCGACUUGCCAAGGAGAUGGUUUCGGCAGCUGACGACGAGUUAAGUGAAUACCUAGGUGGACCGGAAGACGAGCAGCUGGAGUUCCGUAGCGGCCAAACCUCGAUUGGGGAAUUCGACCUUGUGCGUUCCUGGAAGCUGACCCGUCUGCGGUGCAUGGUCUACACGCGGCUGGGAGAUAUGGAAGAAGACGACGAAGAGGAAUAUAUCAACCAGGAAAUCAUAGGCGAAGAUGGAGGUGGCCUCCGCAGGCUCGCCAGCCAUGUCGGUCACAUCACGCCUGCUGCCUCGAUCUUUCUUACCUCCAUCAUUGAGCACAUGGGGGAGCAAGCUCUUAUCAUCGCGGGUGAGAUAGCUCGAUCUAGGCUAUCAGCAAACCUUGAGGAUGAAGAUGAUUUGGCAGGGACGGGUGCGAAUCGGGCAAGCAUGGACCGACUGGUCGUGGAAGACCACGACAUGGAGAGGCUGGCGUUGAACCCCACCCUGGGCAGACUUUGGCGGACUUGGAGGAAGCGUGUGCGAGGAAGCAACUUGUCGCGAGCGGUGUCAAGGGAAUCUCUACGGAAUCGCCAGAGCUUAGUUUUCGGGCCCGGCAGUAGAAAAAGCAGUGCUAUCACAAUCGACGAGAUCUCGCCGCGUACAGCAUCAUCGCGAUCCGUGAACGAGCCGCUCCCGGAGACUGAGGAUGAAGUUGACCCGGCCUCCGUCCCGCUGCCGAUGAGUGAGCAUGACAUCCAGGAGAUUGAGAUCCCAUGCUUCCUUCCGGAGCUCGACACUGGCGACAUCCAGACGAUGCAGGCUGUAGUAGCUCAUAAGGUUCGACCCCAUAGCCUUAUGGUGCUGACACUACCCUCACCACGAUCGCCCUCAUCGAAUGGGAACUCUCCUAUCACGCCAAGAUUGGUUAACAUCAAAUCUCCGCGCCAUGUUCGGUCAAGGUCUUUGCCCAAUACUGCUCCCGCGGAUGAACAACCCUCCGAAGUUGAGCAGCCCGCCGAGCGCACGUCGCCUACUCCAUCGGAGGAGCGAAGACGCCUGGAGACGAUGUACGAGCAUGACGAGGACGACGAGCGGCACGGUGAAGCGGCAACUAAACCAGAGGCCGUUGAACAAAAUGAACCGGUGGUUCCUAGCGCUGGACAGGGGGCCGCCGCGACUCCGUCCACUUCGGUCGCAUCGGUCGAGGUAGCAAUGAGUGACGCUAGUAGUACCCCAGUGUCGUCACCUUCUCUGAGCGACCGUGAUUACCCAGAAACUGACGAGGUUGAGAAACAUGAGAGAGUUGAAAAAGCUCAACUGGCCCCUGGGGUAGAAACUGCCCCUGGGCCUCUCGCGCCCCGGACGCAGGGGGUUGUGGACUCCACCCCGGCACAACCCACCGCCGCCGCCGAUCAGGAUGCGUCCAAGGCUGCUGAUUGUGACCAGUCUACUCCCGAGGACUCUACCCCUCCAACUGUUCCAUCUUCUGCAGAGGACACCGCUGUAGAGAAAGCAUCCCGGCCUGUUUCAACUUCUGGAGAGAGCGCAAUUUCGGAUUCUUCACGGUCAUUGCCUGGCAAACGCGGCUCGUCCGUACCCGGGGUUCAGCAUCAGUACGGGCGCUCGAGCCCAGGGAUAGCCUCCGUCAGCUCCGGCGUCGAACGCGCCGCAGUCCAGCGAUUGCCGGCACGGCCGUCCACCUCUGUGGCGUCUUCUGUUUAUUCCAAGUCUCGUCGCUCGGGCAGCUUCAGCAGCAGCCGUGAGAAGCGUCCUGUCACAGCGGGUUCUACUACUUCUCAGGUAUCGAGCAAGUUGAAAGGUCUUAUCGGUCGGCCUGCAGAUACGGGCUCGCUUCGUCUCCGUACCUCGUCUGAGGUGAGCAGGGUCUCGACACGCGAGUCGGCUUACGACGACACGUCCGGCUUGGACGAGUUGAUCCGGAGCGAGGAAACUAUCCAUUUCACCUUGACCCCCAGGAGCAUGAGGGAAAUGGAGUUGCCGGAUUCACCUAGAUGGCGUGCUCAGCAAGCAAGUACUGAUCCGACCGACCUGCCAAAGAGCGUUGAGCCGAUUCCAGAUGACAUGUCUCGGUCGAGACACUCAACUACAUCGUCGAAAAGCACGGUGGACCUUCCACCAGUACCCAAGUACAUCCAGUCGAAACCCAAGUCCAUCGAAAUUCCCACUACGGGCCUACAGCAGAAACCGGCUGUCGGACAGGCUCGGGACGCAAAGCACAGCAUGGAAUCGACCCGUGAUUUUGCAAACUUCUUGAAGUCUACCGGGCCGAAUACUCCAACCACUCCAGCAACGGUUGAUGGUAGCCCUGCCAAGUCGUCGCGCUUGCGCCGGUUGUCUGACGCCACUGAGAUUUCGAAGAAGCUUUCCCGACCUGCGAGUAGCACUGUUUCUGUUGCCAACUCUGCCCGUAGCGGUCCUCGUCUGGAAGCCCGUUCUGCUGUGGCUCCCCGGGGCGAUCAGACGUCCGACUUGAUUGAUUUUAUUCGGGAAGGCCCACCAACGGCUGGGGCUCAUCGUAUCCCGCGGACAGUGGCGCCUUUCAGGGAUACCAUGGACUCGGACGAGCUACAGGCUAUUGAGCCAGGCCGCACUGCAAAGGGCGCCCCCUCAGUGGCCAGCACGCAGUCAGUGGCUGAGACAUCUCUGGUUUCCGUGGGCUCUCGCACAGGGCUUCUGGAAUCUACUAGCCGGACGAGCACUCCGACUGCCUUGGCCAAGGAAACGAAGACGACAUUUGCUGCUCCUGUGAGCGUUUCUGAUGACCACCGUCCGCCACGGACAAGACGUCGUGUGCCGGACCCUUACGCUAUCGACUUGGACGAUGACGACGAGCUCGACGAACUUCUUGAAGAGCCAAAGCCCAAACGGGAUGAGGAGAGUCUGAUCGACUUCCUGCGCAAUGUCCCUCCGCCAGAGCCCACUCCGCCACAGCAGCCUUUGGCGGCCACCGCGAACUCUCGGCGAGGCUCAGCAUCAGUGAAGGCUCGGCUGCGUCGCAACACCGCAUCCGAAAAGACACUUAUGGCGAAACCCUCCAAGACCUCGCUGCAUCAACAGCCCGAUAACUACAUGGGAGGAGCGUCGAAUUAUACCGUCAAAGUGGGCAUGGAGCGCAAUGCGGGAGCCAUGAAUGGCGCCUAUGACCUCAAGACUCCCUCAGUGCGACAGACCGAGACCAGCGCACUGGCUGAUUUCCUCAAGAACACUGGACCUCCUGAGCCUCCCGUCACCAAGGCUCCUGCUGCUACCAAGUCUAAGGACUCGGGGUUCUCGCGACUUUUUAUGCGCCGCAAGAAGGUCGAGGCAUAA